ACGCGGUUUAUUUUACCUUGUAACCCGGCUUGAUUACUGCUACUCUGUGUACGAUGUGAUUCAUGGUAUUUUAUUACUAAUAAGAACAAAAUUUUUAUGUUUUUUUCAUUUCAAUAAAACAGGCAGAAUUUAUUGUCAUUUAUAAUCAGCAUGCUUGGAAGAAAGGUUAAAGGCAUUUUUUCAUUAAGUUGGAGCAUUUUUCAUCGUUCAAAUGUUGUCAAGUAUCGAGAGAUUUGUAGUUUGCCUCGCAUAUGUAUCAUCCGGAAUAGCAUAGGAAAACACUCCUCAUUGUUACCAUCCCAGACAUAUCUGGUGAACAGUAUUAAAGUUAGAAAGUUGCACUGUGGAAUAGCAAAUUUCAAUAGUACUGAAAUGGGUAUACAAAAGAGUAUUGCUGCUCUUCAAGCUAGAAAAAGAGUUCCAAGAAAAAAGGCACUGGCAGGAGCAGAACAUCUUGAUCAGGAAGCUGGCAAGGUUGUUGCUUACAGCUCUGCCGAAGAAUAUGAUAUGACAAGGCUAGUUAAAGAAUUAGAAAAUCAAGGUCUUUAUCAGAUUUUGGAAUUACCAGAGGAGGUUGAGGAUGUUAUUUAUGUUAAUGCAAAAUACAAAGUGGAAGAGGAGCCUCGUCAAAUAUAUUUUUUUAGUGAAGGAUCAGUUGUAUUUUGGAAUGUUCCUGAAUUAGAACAACAAAAUGUCUUACGUUUCCUAAAACCGUUUGAAACAAAUCCAUAUGAUCCAGAACUGGUCAGUGCAGAAAAUGAACAUUUAGAUUAUUUGUAUUCAGAGAAAGGAGCUAAAUUUUCAAAAGGUAGAAUACAUCUCAAAUCUGACAGUGAUAAUGCUUAUUAUAUGUAUACAUUCUCCAAUGGUCUUGCACUUUCAGUUAAACUUGGUAUGUGGGAAGCAGCUUUAGAAAAUUAUAUUGAUAGCAUGGAGUGGGUAACUGAGAAUAUGAAGAAAGGUGAAAAAAUUUCUAUGUCUCGUGAACAAGUAUUUAAGAAAAGAGGGGAAUUAUUUGCUUUAAGGCAUGUUAUAAAUCUGAGUUCUGAUUUACUUGAUACUCCCGAUUUUUACUGGGAUCGUCAAGAACUUGAAAAUUUGUAUCAGCAAAUAUGCAAUCAUAUGAACAUAGCAAAAAGGACAAAGGUAAUGAAUGAACGUUUAAGUUAUUGUUCUGAGUUGAUCGAUCUAUUAGGAAAUCAUAUGAAUGACAAGCAUCAUGUGCGCUUAGAAUGGAUGAUUAUUAUUCUUAUUAUGGUGGAGGUUAUGUUUGAAUGUAUACAUUUUGUUGAACAAGUGUUUCAUUGAUAUUCUGUAUGUCAUUUAUAUUUUAGAUGUUCCUAUAUUUUUCAUUAUUAUUUAGAUGAAAAUGUUAAGAUCUGUAUAUAUUUCAGAAUAGACUUCUGUUUUAAUAAAAUAUUUUUAUAUUGAGAA